CUAAAUCUGCCGCUGGAAGGAAGCAAGGUGUUUGCAAGGCGAGGGGCUGUGAGUGCAGAGAGCCAUGUCUUUAUAGCACCCAGUUCGCAUGGCUGCAGCCGUUCGCCUGUUGCUCACCCCUCGCUAUGUGCCCGGCAGAGCGGUGCCUGGGCGCUUGUUGCUGCUGAGCCGCUGCCUUUGUGUCUGCGGACCUCUGGCGUCUGCCUCCCCUUCCCGCCGCAAACCCCGGCUGGCGGCGAUGGGCACCGAAGCAGGGCGGCUGUCGUUCUCGUCCAGCGCUGGUGAGGCGGGGAGACCGGCGGUGACCAGGAUAUCGGUGGAAGGAAACAUCGCCGUUGGGAAAUCCACGUUUGCUGGACUAUUGCAGCAGAUGGGCAGUGACCAAUGGGAGAUCGUUCCAGAGCCCAUAGGAAAGUGGUGCAAUGUUUCCACCUCCAGCAACAGCAAGGAACCAGCCGCACAGAAGAGUGUUGGCAACCUGCUUCAGAUGUUGUAUCAGGAUCCCCACCGCUGGUCCUACACCUUCCAGUCGCACUCCUGCAUGAGCCGCAUCAAGACCCAUCUGGCACCGUUGUUGCCCAGGCUCCUGAAGGCAGCAGAGCCUGUGCAGAUAUUUGAGAGAUCAGUCUACAGUGACAGGUACGUAUUUGCUUCCAGUCUUUAUGAAUUGGGUUGCUUGAAUGCGACUGAAUGGGCUAUCUAUCAGGACUGGCACACUUUCCUCCUCAAUCAGUUUGGCAUUCGAAUUGCUUUGGAAGGAAUCAUCUACCUCCAGGCAUCCCCUGAGAAAUGUUUAGAAAGACUUCAACAAAGGGGGAGAAAUGAAGAGAAGAAUGUGCAGCUGGAUUAUCUGGAGAAGCUACAUUCUCAACAUGAGAACUGGCUUGUGAACAAGUCCACUCAAGUCCACUUUGAGCAUCUGAAGACUAUUCCAGUGUUGGUGCUAGACGUCAAUGAGGAGUUUGAGAAUGAUAAAUCAAGACAGGAAACACUCCUCAAACAGGUGAAGAACUUCGUGAAUACUCUGAAGCUGGGGAAAUGAAACAUGCAGGGCACUCUUUGCAGCAAUGUUGCUCAAGCGAAGAAAGGAUUUAGUUAAUAGUGUUGGUGCACAGCAGGGGAAGGGGUGCCCGUGUCUGGAGAAGGCUGUGCAGAAGUGGACUCUGGAAAGUCACCAAUAGCACUUUCUACAGAAUCCGGACAGUACCAAUUUCACGAUGGUUCACAAUCCACUCAAGCUCACCAUUAACCCUGUCACGUUAUUUUCAAAUUUUGCUUCUGAUUUUCUCAUCUGAUGUUACAUUUUGGCUGGUGAGGCAAGGAGUGAAAACAAUAUUUAUGCUAUGGUGCUCUUCCUCCUUCCCAUCAAGCCCUUUCAGCUGAGGGUUUUAAACGGUUUGAUAGUUACCAUGACAUAAAUAGAAAUCCAUAAAUGGAUUUUCAUAAACUAGAAGUAACUUGAAUUGAUGUGUUUCCUAAUAGUUGUAAUACUUUGCUGUUAGUUUGUAGGUUUGUGUAUCAGCUUUGAGUUAACAUUAGAUUAAAUUUAAUGGUUUUUCAUUAGGUUUUACCAUUUUUGAUCCCUGCCCUGUUUGCAUAGGGUUAAAGCAAUUAAGAGUGUGAUUGUCCACUCCAGUCAGUGCAAUUUGCAUUCUCAUGAUCUCUUUAUAUUUAUAUUUCAUUUAUAAUUGCUGCCAGGAGGAACCUAGGUAACUCACAAGUGACCUUACGUUUGUUCCUUUGUAUCACACCCUCUAGACAUAGACCAGAACUUGCCUAAUGUUCAUUCCCCAUUCUACCCUGCAUCCAUAAACCCUGCACACACUUGGAGUUCGACCUCAGUCAUAGACUGAGACCAAUACCAGCAGAGAUGUAUUAGUAUUUUACUUGUCAGGCCCCUUUCAUAGUUGUUGUUUCCAUUCCCUUCUGUUGUAAUGGUGAACAUUCCAUUUCACUUUAAAGAGAAAUGUGUAUCAUACAGUGUUUCCCUAGCGAUUGGUUGGAUGUUGUACUGUGCAGUGUUAAAAGAUGACUGUUUUCAAUGUGCUUUGAGCACACAAGUCAAAUCCGAUAAGCUGAAAGCAGACCAGAUCACACUUUUAGAUUUAGCAAAAGCACUGACCAUCAUGUCCUGCUUUGUAACAAUCUCCAUAAAUGACAAUAAACUUUCUUUGAUUAACCCA